AUGGGCGAAGUUUCUCGACUCCAAAGCGAGAUAGCCGAUCUGACCAACCUCUUGUCCUUGAUCACUAAAAGGGGCCCAGGGCUCGAAGAAAAUGACGACGAGCCACAAAGCUCUGAACUGCCACAGCCUGAGAACGACGAAUUCACCCUUGAAACAAGGGGCGAGGUGGUAGAUGAAGCCGAAUUCGAAGCUCCAGUCGCCAGUGGGGACGUAGAGGUCGAUGCCAUCAAACGAAGAGCGCUGGAUCGCCUGGCUGAGGUCCUGGCCAGGUUCAAGACAGCAAAAGGCUCCCGAACGCGAGGGAAGCAGAAUUCCGAUGCAAAACAUGUUGCUAGUGUGGUCAUGGUGGAAUAUGAGGAUACUGUUACAUUUCUUUGUGCUAAGAACGAAGGCAUCGAUGACGUUGACAUGGGCUUUCUGAGAAUGCUAGGAAAACUCCUAUGCAACGUGGCAGCUAAUGGAGUAGCGGAGCAACAAGCGGAACAGGUCGACCGGGCAUUCGAACUUAUAUUUGAUCAUUCGGCACCUCGCAUAAAGUACUACACUUCGAUACUCCGUGACGCUAUCCAACAGGCUGGUCAAGAUGUUGCAACCCCUAGUACGCUCACAAGCCGAAAUGUCCUGGAUGGUCUGCGCCAUGCCACAUAUCAGGACUGGGAAGAUAACCAUGGGCUUCACUUUAGGUUCCAGCUGGGUGGUAGAGGAGAAGAUUCAGUCUCUGAUAAGGCUGAGGACUGCCUCUCUGACCAGGAGGACGAGUCUCUCGUCCAGGACACGUGCAGUGAAAUCCGACAUCUCUUUGGCAGCGCUGCUCACCAAAUCCCACAAAGCACUCUGAAGAAUCUCCUGAGUAAGGUCUACCGUAUCGUCCGACAUCCUCGACAGCGACCUGCAUUUAAAGGCCUUCUCAUGCAAAUGGCCCACAACCAUAAGCGACUCUUCAAGGAUAUUUGGGCUGCCUUGCUGUACCUGACACGAAUGUUCUAUGCCGCUGUUACCUUCGUGGAUCUUGCAAUCAGAUUGAACGUGGGUUCCUUCAAGUUUCAGCCGGUCACUCCAGCUGCAGCUCGCAAACCGAACCACUCAGAUGCCAGGAUCCCAUCUCAAGUUCUAGCCUCUCUUGGCUAUUCUUCCCUUUCUCGGGGGUGGAUUGACUUCUUCCAGACCACGGAAAGGGUCAAAGAAUUCGCCAGGCUGUCACGCUCGAAAAAGGCGGUCCAUGGGGAGGUUCAACUUAUCUUCCACGUCGAAGAGCUUAUGCAGGGUCGUAAGCAGCCUGCCGGCACAGUCUUUCCGUAUCUUGGGUGCAGCAAGAAAUGCUGUUUCUUCUGUGAGCAGUUCCGCGUGCAGCAUGGGGCCUUCCAGGCGCGUGGGACGCACCAGACGCUGUUCCCGUUGUGGGCCUUGCCACGAGUACUUCCGCAGCAUUCACUUCAAUUAUUGCAUGGAUUCUCGGAUGCCCUCAAGAGUUUCAUCCGGAUCAUGCUCACUGAUCCGAUCCCUCCUGCCAGGAGAGAUCUGCUGCAGCAGUCGUCAGCAGCUUUGUCCACAGCGCAAGCGGUGCAGAGGGAGACACCAACGUACACUACCAGACCGCUGACAUCGAGAAGAAUGAUGCUCGGCACUGGCGGGGUCGGCGCCACCGAGCACCAGAUAGAAUUCCUCCCUUUACCACAAACUCCUGGGUUCGCUAUGCUGAUGGGCGGCCCCGGAAAACAGGAGACUGAUCCCGUUCCGAUCGACAGGGCUGAAGUGUCUAAACUCAAUCACGAGAGGAGCAUAUAUAUGUUGGAGAAGAUUGAUGAGAUGCCGCCUACCAAGGUCCUGGACCGGAAGCUAUGCCGGCGUUGUCAGAGUCUCGCAGAAUACAGGUGCUCGGCUUGUUGGACGCUGUAUUGCUCCGGAGCUUGUCAGAGACGAAACUGGGGAUCCCACGUCUUCGUAUGUCGAACCCUCAAUCGACCCAAUGACGUGGACUUUCUCAGGAUGGUCAUUCGGAAAGUUACAAGAGACAUGCGCUCAGGGGACGAAGAGCAGAUUCACAAUGCAAUGCUUUACCUGCUCGCUGACGAUCAUAUGUGCAGCACCUUCGGGUUCAAACACUGCAAGACCAGACUCGAAGUACUUGAUCUCGUUUGCCUCUAUAGCACCAUUUUGUCCAGAACACGUCCAGCGGUCAAGAGCCUACAGGAUUACUUAGCGACCGGCAACCUCAGCGACUUCAUGAAACAAUUUUGUCAACUCGAACGACACGUUGCACAGAUUACCAAAAAAGACGAAUGUGCCUGCGUGACCUGGUUCCUGGAGCGUCAGUCCUCGAUAGAACCCUUGCCCAUUCCUGACAGUGACACGGCCUCUUACAGCAUCUGGGUCAACGCUAUCGCUGAUGCUAUCGACUCUCUCGACUUGGCACUUAGGUUCGAUAACGGAUACAAGUUGAACGAGCCUGAGACAGAUGUAUUUCAUCUUUACGUGACAAUUCAGCCGGGCGUGUGGCUGGUGCCGGAUGCAUAUUCUUCUUCUUGGAUCGAAUUCGGAUUCUGCCACUGCAGGUCCUUCGCGCAGCGGGCGGAGCUUGCCCGACGAUAUAUAGCUCUGGCGCACUCUGAUGCCACCUUUGAUGACAUUGUUGCCGCGUACGAGUCUCGGAGCCUCGCGGAUUUGAUGCGCACGCACGGCAUCGACAUAUCGGAACUGGAGAGGCAGGGCAUUCGCCUUCACAGGCCGCCGCCAUGCGAGUACGCGGUCUACCGGCUCAUGAUAGGGGUCGAGCACGCCCUGUCAGGACGGUUCUGCAGCUGCUUCCGCGUGCGCGAGAGCCGCCGCUGCCACGCCUAUUUCGAGACGCACAUCGAGCGCGAGUCGGACACGAACUUUGGCUUCCACCUGACCAGCAGCUGGGAGCGAUGGCAGCUCCUGAACUUCUACAGACACCUGUUCCGGCUGCCGGGCUUCGACCCGCGUCGCAUGGCCGAGGCUGCGGAGGACGCGGACCGUGGGUGCCUGGAGAUCUAUCUCGACUCUCUUGUUCCCAACAUGAGGAUGAAGAUAUCCGACAGGAAUCGAUCGAACCUUUUGUUUCCAAGGCUCAAGGACAGGCUUCAGGCGACCACACGGGCAGGUGAAAGUGUCUCGCACUUUCACAACCCUUGUGAAUGCAAAGUUCAUGAUGUUAUGGGACCGCCGGGCAUCUCUUACUUGAACCCGGAGCAGAUAUCUGCGUACCGCGACCCCGGUUGCCAAUGA